UGAGGCAGCAUCCACCGGCUUUUUCUAGGAUCUUUACUUUCAGGAAUAACUGGAAGAGUUUUUGGGGUGCACGAUACUUACCUUCAACAAGAUGUGCCUGUUCAAGUUUUUAUGUGCGAUUACAACCAGAGUGUUAUUUCUCCUGGUCUCUCUGACCAGCGUCUGGAGGGUGACAUCUGUGAAGAAGGAUCACAACUACUGGUUCCUCACUUUCCUCUUUCUGCCGCUUCUCGUUGAAAUGAUAAUUACGCUCAAGGGUCGAAGGGGACAAGAUUAUAAAUGGUUUUCUCCUCCAAUCUUUCUGUUUCUCAUCAGUAUCAUUCCCUCCAUCUGGAUCCUGGAGCUCCACCACCACCAGCAGGAGAACGCCAGCACUCUUCAGUGCAAAAAUCUGGACUGGGAUAAUUUGCUUAAAGUGAUUCAUCGAAACGAGACCCUGAGAAACCACACAUACCAGGACUACCUGAAGAAUUUUAACCAGGUGUUAACGACCGUCUGUUCCAAUCACUGGAUCCUGGGUCUUCAUCAGGUCCUGCUCAUCCUCCUCAUCGUGGGAAAGUGGCUCCUCCCGCUGGGAGGCGGAGUCACGCGCAAUGAGCUGUCGCAGCUUCUCCUCAUUUUUGUUGGCACUGCGGCAGACAUCCUGGAAUUUACUACUGAGACGCUGUCGGAUGUCAAUGUCUUUUCCAGAGAGAACAGUCCUGAGCUGAUCUACAUCAUCUUAGGUGUAUGGACUUGGAGCAUGCUGCAGUUCCCCCUACAUAUGGCUGUGGUGAACUCCAAGCCAGACAGUGAGGGUGAGCAGGGGACCCAGGAGGUGUCCAUCUUGUUUGAGUACAGCACGGACAUAUGGAGCAUCGUGGAGGCCUUGUUCAUCCAAGACGGGCCUUUCCUGGUGGUCAGACUCACUGUCAUGACCUUCUACAGCAUCGUCCACCAGAUGCUGAUGUUCUUCGCCAUCAAGAACUUCCUGGUGGUCAUACUGAACUUGUACAGGUUAACUGUUAUUUGCCAGAACUCCCGCAGCAGAGCCAGCCGGGGCAGCGCCAUUCCAUGUGUUUGACGAGACAUCUCACUGGGGGAAUCAGUGAGACGUAAAGAUUUUACACUUACAAUUGAACGGUUACAUCAGACUGGUAAGAACUGCAACUGGAGAAAGAAGAGAAGGCAAUGCUUGCUUUCUGUUUUAUUCUCACAAUGUAAUUAACUCUGUGGGGUCAAUUAACGUUGUUGUGAACAAAAAACUGUGAACAACCAUUUUCUUAGACUUGCAAGGUGAUAAAGUUGCCAAGUUGUCAUUGCGCCCUUGACUGCUCAGCAUCUGACUUAGCAGCUUAUGUUUAACCUCAGUGACAUUUCAGUCCCUCUGGAGCUAAACUCUGUGAAAACACUACAGUUUAUUCAGUACUUAAAUGUGACUAUGUGUGCAUGAACAUGCUGGGCUACAAUCUGGUUUUAGUUUUGUAUAAAAAAAGGCUUUAUUGUUCAGAUUGUGACUGGAAUGACAUUAAAAUUAUAGACAUCAGACAAACAGCAUGGAGGGCACACAGAGGAAAAGAAGGGAGCAAAGCAAAACAGAAAAAAAAAAUCAAGUCAAGUAUGUUUUAUUUAAUAUAUAAAGCCCAUUAACACAGAUCAGAAAUUUGUCUCAGGGGGGCUUUAAAAUCAGUACAGUAUACGAAACCCUUUAUUCUUUUCAACCCUUGCUUCAGAUAAGCAAGUACAAAAAUGAUAAAACGGUGUGUAUAUCACAUUAUUUAGCAUUUCAGCACAAUAACAUAAACAAAUGUUGUCCCAAAGCACCACCAGUGCCAGCACCUACAGUGAGUGAAGCCAGGCUACUGUUUUAGGUAAGGACUGGACAGAUUUCAGAUUUCAGUUGUUGAGCGGAAGUGAGCACAGGCACAACAGGAAGAGAGGAAGUUAGAGAGAUUUACUGGAUGACACAAAGGCAUAAAGUGUUGACUAAAGCUGAGAUUGAGGGAGAGUAAUGUCCUUGUCUAAACCCAGACAGGAAGUCAGAGCUGAUUGUGAAAACAUUCAAUGGUAGUUAGCGGUUUGAUAAAGCCCCCUUAUCAGAGCUGGAUAGGAAAGGCCAUGAAUUCUUAUUCUUUAUUUUUUACAUCUUGGAUAAUUGCCCAAGUAUUUACAAGUCAAGAAGUCAUCAAAUUUAUUAUCUCAAAGUUAUUCUAUUUUCUACUGUUACUGUUGGCCAACUUUGGCUGAGGGUUGUAUCUCUGUGAACUGCAAGAAACUGAAAAACGCCUUAAAAAAAGAAACUCUUAAAAUUGCACUCAAGUAAUCAACUCAGAUGGAGUUGUUGGUGCUUCAUGCCCUUUAAAGCUAUCAUUUACUGUAGGCUCUAUAAUGCCAAAGAAUCCGUAUUAUUACUCCCUGGUUUAUGUGAACACAACCUUGGCACAAACUGUGCAUUUUGACUCGUAUCAUUUUUUUUAUCAAGUUAUCUUUUGUAUUUUUUGUCCCCAAAAUAGUAUCAUAUCCAAUGUUGUCAUUCAGUUAUUUUUACCAUCUUAUAGUCAUUGUUAUAUGCAAAUGUAUUGCACUUCUCACCUGACACCUAAAACAAGAGUUCACCUCACAGUAACUACUCUUAAUAUUUAAAAUAAAUAUAUCGACCUUAAAAACCAACUGACAUUCUGCUGAUUGUAUCGUUUACAUCUACAAACACAGACUACUGUCUCCCCAUGGUGGACAUCAGAGAAUUAACACCCACUUUCUUUUUCUUGAAACCAUGACUGACUCUGUGCUCUCACACAGUUUUUGUUUCAGACAUUGUAUCAGUUUUAUUUAAAUUUAAAAGUGCUUAAAGCUUAUUAGAAAAUGUCACCUAUAUCCCAGUGAAAUCACAAAGGCUGCUGUCAAAGUGCCAUGAGAGUUGUUCUGUUAUUUACAGUUAUGAGGCGCAACAGAUUGACUCCAGGUGUUUAACACUCUGCCAAAAGAUUUUCCCUCAUUUGGUGUUUUGAUGGUGGUGUUAAAACACCAAAAUCUAUUAUAGUCAUUGUUAUAUGCAAAUGUACUUGUUCUGAAACAGCCCUAAUAAAA